AUGAAUGGAUCUCCUCCACCCCUCAUCUUAAACAUGAAACUGGAUGUUAUUUCUCUCAUUUUGUUAUUCCCCAUCUUUAUCUUCAUCUUCAUCUACUGUUUCUUCUUCCCAAAAUCCAAAUCUACCACUCAAAUCGGGUUCAAAAAUUACCCAAUACUAGGAACCCUACCGGAAUUUCUCCUAAAUCGCCACCGUUUUCUUGAAUGGAGCACACAAGUCCUCUCUCACUGUCCAACCAACACCGCCGUCUUCCGCCGUCCUGGAAAUAUCCACGGCAUCAUCACUGCAAACCCUGCAAAUGUCGAAUAUAUGCUCAAGACCAACUUUGAUAACUACCCAAAGGGAACCCGCUUCAUUUCUCUCCUUCAAGACUUCCUCGGCCGUGGCAUCUUCAACUCCGACGGCGAAGCCUGGAGGGCACAGCGUAAAACCGCUAGUUACGAGUUCAAUACCAGAUCACUCCGGAACUUCGUCAUGGAAACCGCCACCGUCGAAUUACACACCCGAUUCAUACCGAUUCUUGAAACUGCUGCGGAUUUGGACCAGGUUAUUGAUUUUCAGGAGCUUCUCGAGAGAUACUCUUUUGAUAAUAUAUGUAAGGUGGCAUUCAACGUCGACCCCGGUUGUCUAGCCGGUGACGGAAAUUCCGGUAGUGAAUUCAUGGCAGCUUUUGAGGAUGCAGCGACGCUAAGUUCCGGGAGAUUUAUGUAUGCUUUUCCAGGCCUUUACAAAAUCAAGAAACUGUUCAAUUUUGGUUCAGAAUCCAAGUUGCAAAAAUCGAUUUCCACCGUUCAUAAGUUCGCCGGCCACAUCAUAGCUUCCAGAAUGGAGGGAAGGGCCAAAAACCCCGACGAGGAUUUGUUAUCCCGAUUCAUGGGCAUAUCGGAAUAUUCACCGGAGUUUCUACGGGACGUUGUCAUAAGUUUUAUAUUAGCAGGUCGUGAUACGACAUCUUCAGCUCUUGCAUGGUUCUUCUGGAUUUUAUCUUCACAUCCCAAAGUGGAGCAAAAAAUACUCGACGAAUUGAAAACAAUCCGGCUUAGCUCCGGCAAGGAUCGCCGAGAAUUUUACUCUUUCGACGAGCUCCGACAGAUGCAUUACCUUCAUGCCGCAAUCUCGGAGGGAUUAAGGUUAUACCCGCCGGUGCCGGUGGACACAAAGGCCUGCCUGAAAAACGACGUGAUGCCAGACGGGACGUUUGUCGGGGAAGGUUGGUUCGUGACUUAUCACACAUACGCAAUGGGGAGAAUGGAGAGCGUUUGGGGGGCUGAUUGCCGUGAGUUUAGGCCGGAGAGGUGGUUGGAGGAAGAGGAGAGCGGCGGAGGAAAGGUGGUGUAUAGACCGGAAAACCCAUUUAAAUUCCCAGUGUUUCAUGGUGGACCGAGAAUUUGCUUAGGGAAAGAAAUGGCGUAUACUCAAAUGAAGCUGGUGGCAGCGGCAAUUAUUGAGAAAUUUAAGGUGGAGGUGGUGGUAACGGCGGAGGAGAAGAAUCCGCCGGAGCACGUAUUGUCGUUGACGAUGAGGAUGAAAGAUGGUUUGAGGGUGAGGGUGAGGAAAAGAUGAAGUGGGGGCCAUAUACUCUUUAUUGGAUUCCAAAUGAAUCUAAUCCCACAACCAAUAAUAUCAAAUAUGUAUGUAUAUAUUUUUAGAGUUUUGAUUUA